GCUUCUCACAAAGGAAGUGAAAAGCGUGUUAUUCAGUCAGUCGACAGUCAGACAGGAUGCUGGUAACACCGUUCUGCCUGAUGCUGACCUGCCUUCAGGUCAGCCCUGACCGGUCCCAGUUCUUCCGGUACGACUCCAUCUCCCUGAGCUGCGAGGAUCCGAUCAACUCCACCGGCUGGAAGGUGAAGAGGAGAACUUCAGACGGCGGGGUCAGGCCAUGCUACUCCGGCUGGGGCUACACCUCCGCGGCGUCCAGCUGCACCAUCGGUAACACCUACCCCACGGACACCGGGGUGUACUGGUGCGAGUCGGACACAGGGGGGCGAAGCAAUGAGGUCAACAUCACCAUAACCGAUCGCGCAGUGAUUCUGGAGAGUCCUGCCAUGCCGGUGUCAGAAGGAGCUGAUGUGGUUCUGUACUGUAAAGCUGAGACCAACGCCGCCAAACACAAAUACAACUUCUUCAAAGAUGGCCGCCUCAUCAGGAGCAACUGCUCCGGAGAGAUGACCAUUCUCAGCGCUUCUGAAUCCGAUGAGGGGCUCUACACCUGCAGCGCCGCAGGGCUUGGAGAAUCAGAAGGCAGCUGGCUGACAGUUUUCAGUGAUGGAAACAAUCAACACGUCCAGCUCACAUCUCUGUCACCAACAUCUUCGGCUUUGCCCACAGCCUCAGUUUCAUUUCCUGGUUCCAGACUGUUGUGUCACCUGAUAGUGGGAAUUCCUUACCUGGUGUCCACCGUCCUACUGGGACUCAUCUACAGAGACAGGAGGAGAGCUACUGAGACAGUUCCAGACCAGAGGAAAAAUCUUGAUGUUAUCAUGGAAAGGAUUGUGUGAAUAAUCUCCAGAAGCCACUGACCUCAGAGAAGAUGAUGUGGGUCCGACCACAUCGGUUCAGAGAAAUGUUUCCAGCAACCAGAAAAAAAAAUCUGAUUUCUUUGGUGCUCAAGAAGAUGUAUUUGUUUUAUGAGCAAAUUUCAACAUGAGAGGAAGUUUUUGUUUUUAAAUCUAGAGUUUUGUUUUACUGUGAAACAGAUUCUAGAUGCAUAAGUGGGGACUGUGAAGAGGAAGUGGAAAUGUCACUCAUGUUUGCUUUAAAAAGGUGUUUGUGGUUUCGGCUGCAAAGUCGCUGUCAUCAGCUUUUUGUCCGGCCUUCGCUCAGGGUGGGAGUGUUUUCUCGAUGGACUUCUCUGCAUGUGUGUGCGUGUGUGUGUGUGUGUGUGGGCGGUGUGUGUGUGGGCGUGUGUGUGUGUGUGUGUGUACUUGUUUAGUUGUCUGUUUAGGACCAUUUCUGUGAAAUUAACUGAUCUUCUGAGGACCAGUGGGCCUUAUGGGGACCAAACCUCAUCCUAACAUGGUUGACCCGUUUGUAAUGGUUAGGUUUAUAUUUAAGUUGUGAGUGACGUUUUGGUAAAGAUUAUUAUAGUUAGGGUUAGAGAAAAUGUUUGUAUUAUGCAUAAAUGUCAUUAAUUAAAUGAACAAAAUAAUUUGGGUAUAAAUCCAAACGUUUGUGUCAGUAAAUAGUUUUUGAAGUUGCCUUAUCCUCCUCCACAAACAAUUUGUUGAUAAAAAAAAAUAUUAUUUUGACAGUUUACUGUCAUUCAUGUCCUGAUUUAGUCUUUGGUCCUUUAGUAGGUCAGUUGUGGUUAGAUUAGUGGAAACGACGUACAAGUUGUUUCUCAGAAAAAAGGAUGCUGUCCUAAUUUUAUGCCCACAAGUCAGAAAUUGGAUCAAAAGCCCAUCAUAGGUCAAAGAUUAACACAAACAGUUUCGGCUUGAGUUUGUCCAGUUUAUUUUAAUGUGAAAAUGUUUUUAAAAGUAUUUACCUACUGACUCUAGAUUCUAGCGGUAUUUUCUCUACUGUAUUCAGAAAGUCAUCUAUUGAUUUUAUACAAACAUUCAGAAAAGACAUCAUGUGUUCACAGUUUUAUUGUUGUUAGAAAUCAGUUUUAAGUUCCAAAGUUAUUAUGAUUAAACGAGUUUAACUCUAAUUACUUUAUAGGGAACAGUUGAUGUAACGAUGAUGCAAAAGCUAAAAUGCAGGAAGAAAUUACUGAACAUGUGUGCAUAUAACUGUAAAUGAGAGUAAAAAUGUAUUUGUGUCAUAAAUAAAUAUGGAUGGCACAAGACCUGCUGACAGUGUAAAAUAUGGAGAAAAACCAGCAUUUUUAUACUACUACUGUAAAUACUGUAUUGCAAAUAAAGUUGUUUAAAAAUUA